ACAUUGCGAUUGCCAUCUCGUACGGUGAGCUGUCCAACAGAUCAGAUGUGAGGAGAAGUUAACGAGUAUUAGCUAGCACUCGUCUCUUUACGGAGUCAAAAUCUAUUGUUAUUUCCCGCUUGUUCCGUGUGCGGUGAAGACAGCAGGAGACCAUGGACGUGGUCCGGGGGUUAUUGUGCCUGUUCUCGGUGCUGGUAUCUGAGAUGUUCAUGGUGGCCGCGUUCUCCCAGAGCCUGGACAGCGACUUCACAUUUACACUCCCUUCCGGACGGAAGGAGUGCUUCUUCCAGACCAUGAAGAAGGACGCGUCGCUGGAGAUAGAAUAUCAGGUGUUGGAUGGAGCAGGUCUGGACGUUGACUUCAGCCUGUCCUCUCCUACUGGACACGUUCUGUACAGUGACCACCGCAAGUCAGACGGAGUACACACUGUAGAGACAGAGGACGGAGACUACAUGUUUUGUUUUGACAACUCGUUCUCGGCAGUGUCGGAAAAGAUCAUUUUCUUCGAGCUGAUCAUGGACAACAUGGAACAGGAAGGGGAGGAGCCAGAGGACUGGAAGGAGUACAUCCAUGGGACUGACAUGUUGGACAUGAAGCUGGAGGACAUCAUGGACACCAUCAACAGUGUUAAAGCCCGGCUGGGGAAGAGCCUUCAGAUACAGACGCUGCUCAGAGCCUUCGAAGCCCGCGACCGCAACAUACAAGAGUCCAACUACAACCGGGUCAACAUGUGGUCCAUGACCAACAUGCUGGUGAUGGUGCUGGUGACGGGGGUGCAGGUCUACCUCAUCCGCUCGCUGUUCGACGACAAGAGACACACGCGCACGUAACAACCCGCCCACUGGGAGGGGUCAGGGAGGGACGGGCAGCUCUGUCUGGAUCAGCCAGCCAAUAGGGGAGUGGGGACUGGUGGUGAAGAUGUGACCGUAACUCAUAGGUACAACAUGCACUCACAUACAUCACACAACCUUAGACACAUACCUACCCGUCCAGUCUCAUCUGCUCUGUCUAUCUAAAACUCCGUGGAGGGUGAGACACCAGCCAGACCUUCAGAGUCAUUGGCUUUUAAAAGCGAGCAUAACGAACAAGUGUUUACCAUUAAUAUGGUAAUGUCACCUCUCAACUUUGUCUUCCAGACACUGAGGUGAGACUGUCCUGUCCGUGUCACAUCUUUCAGUCUUCCAGUAUAUGAUCUGUUAGUCAUGUUGCCAAGCCUUUUACUGGAGUAGGUUAUUGAUAUACCUUUAGAGAUUCUGAUUUAGCAGUCUGUGCCAUACUACCAAAACUUUGCCUUCCAAACCGUGGCUGAAGUGGACAGCAUGUGCACGCACACACACCCCUUUCACUCUCUUUCAGAUACACUCACAAUCUCUUACCCACACACUCACACAUUUCUUCAUAGAAACAUCUGCUGCCUGCCAGUGCCAGCCCUCCUUUCUCUGGCUGGCCUUUCGGCUGCUUGGUGAGUAGAGGAGAGUAGAGGAGAGUAGAGUAGGGGAAAGGGAAUAGUUUCUUCCGUAACCCUCCCACUCCCUCCUCCACCUGACAUCCUCCUAUAACUCAUGUCCUGAUGGUCUAAUGUCAGACUUAGUGCCAACAGGCGAGUCUGGUUUCAGUCAUACAGGCUGAUGAGAUGAGAAUGACCGCAUUCUAUUUCUAACAACCACACCCUGCACCUCAUUGGGGCAGAGAAGGUUACAGGAGAAGGGUUGCUUGGGACUGAAUGCAGUUGGGAGAUCUACUAAUUGACUUAUUUGGCUUUAUUUUGUAGGUUGUCCAAUAGUGUAUAUGACAGAGCUACAAACUUACACACUUGUGGUUGAUACACUGAUAUGUGCCAAGAUUUUGGAGCAGCCAAACAAGUUGUCUGAUUGCUCUGUAAACGCUCCCUAUAUUACAGAAAUGUUCCUAUAAAUACUCACUGUGCUGCUGUGUUGAGUGACACCCCAUCUAGUGGCUGGACAGUGAACUGCUCACAUGACUAUCUCACCUUUAGGACUGGCUUUUCCAUUUUUUAAAUUUAUUUAACCUUUUAUUUAUCUAGGCAAGUCAGUUAAGAACAUUCUUAUUUACCAUGAUGGCCUACUUCGGCCAAAUCCAGACGAUGCUGGGCCAAUUUUGCACCACCCUAUGGGACUCCCAAUCAUGUUCGGAUGUGAUACAGCCUGGAUUCAAACCAGGUACUAUAGUGAAGUCUCUUACACUGAGAUGCAGUGCCUUAGACCGCUGCGCCACUCGGGAGCCCGGCUUUCAACCUAUCCCUGCUUUGAAAUAUGAAAUGUUACAGUGAUGCAGUAUCCACUCUCUUUUACAAUGAAAGAAUAACAACAUAAAAUAAGUGAUGUUUGAGGGGUCUUGCACUGUGCUAUUAUGAGCCCCCUCUCAGUUACAGCUACUCAAACCAUUGGGCGAGUUAGUUUUGAAUAGCAUGGUGCCCUGGAUGGACAGAGUUUAUGUAUUUUAGACCAUUUCAUUAGUCCUUAAGUAUAAUCUCCACCUACACCGGGCCAUGCCAAAAUAACUCGCCCAUUGUAAUGGGUUGUAUUGCCACUGCCUCUCUCUACCCACCAUUUUGUGUCAUUUGUAUUUUAGCUGAUGCUCAAACAAGCAUCACAUUGGGUGAUUUUAAAAAGUAAAAUUAAGAAUGUUUUUCAUCCACAGAAUUUCACUGUUUCUGUUCCAAUGUUUUUGUUCCUUUCUAAACAAGACAAUAUUAUCUUUUGAAGAACAGACUCAACUCUUACCCUAGAGAUAAGUUGUUUAGGAUAAGGUGUUUUAUUUUACUCAUCUGAUGGAACAAGGAGAGGAGAAAAUAUUCUGGGAUAUUUAUCAGAAUAAUGUUCUGUAGAUGUAAAUGUGUAAAUUAAACAAUCCUGCUUUUCUGAA